CGCGGGCCGCGACCUUCCUCUGAGGUCCUUCCUUUUGCGCAGGCGCUGUGAGCACAGUAGAGCCAAGAUGGCGGCGGUGGUGGAGAAUGUUGUCAAGCUGCUGGGUGAGCAGUAUUACAGGGAUGCUAUGGAGCAGUGUCACAACUAUAAUGCCCGUUUGUGCGCAGAGAGGAGCGUGAGGAUGCCCUUCCUCGACUCUCAGACAGGUGUCGCCCAGAGCAACUGCUACUUCUGGAUGGAGAAACGGCACAGAGGACCAGGUGUUGCCCCAGGUCAGUUGUACACAUAUCCCGCACGACGCUGGAGAAAGAAGAGGAGAGCUAACCCUCCAGAGGACCCUCGUCUAGCCAUCCCAUCUCUAAAGCCCGAGCUGGAUCUGGGGCUUAAGAAGGACGUUUUCUCCAGUGAUGGCAGCAGCUUAGAGGCUCUUCUGAAGGGAGAGCCACUGGAUAAAAGAUCUGGAUUGGAGCUCCGCACAGGGGAGGAGGAGCCCAGCUCUACAGAGUACUCUACCGGGGGACUAAACCCCAGCAGCAGGAUCCGUAAAAGAAUUUUGGAGCCAGAUGAUUUUCUAGAUGAUCUGGACGAUGAAGAUUAUGAAGAAGAUACUCCAAAGAGACGGGGAAAAGGCAAGGGAAAGGGUCGUGGUGUCAGCAGUGCUAGGAAGAAGUUGGAAGCAGCAGCUGCUUUGGCGGAUCAGGACAAACCGUACGCCUGUGACAUCUGUGAGAAGAGAUGGGAGCAAAAGGGAAAGAAGUGA